CCCACUUGCCCCGGAAGUGCUUGGAGCACGGCGCAGCUGGGCGCUAAGAUGGCCGCGGCGUGAGUUGCAUGUUGUACGAGGAUCCCGGGCUGCCGCAUUGCUCCGGCCCCGCCAUGGCCGUCACCAUCACACUUAAAACGUUGCAGCAGCAGACCUUCAAGAUACGCAUGGAGCCUGAGGAGACGGUGAGGGCACUGAAAGAGAAGAUAGAGGCUGAGAAGGGCAGGGAUGCUUUCCCUGUGGCUGGACAGAAACUCAUCUAUGCUGGCAAGAUCUUGAGUGAUGACGUCCCCAUCAAGGAAUACCAUAUAGAUGAGAAGAACUUUGUGGUUGUCAUGGUGACCAAGGCCAAGGCUGGCCAAGGUACUCCAGCACCCCCAGAGGUCUCACCCACUGCCGCCCCGGAGUCCUCUACACCCUUCCCUCCAGCUCCGGCAUCAGGCAUGUCCCAUCCUCCACCUACCAGCAGAGAGGACAAGAGCCCAUCAGAGGAUUCAGCCACCCCAACAUCUCCAGAGUCCAUUUCUGGCUCUGUUCCCUCUUCAGGUAGCAGCGGGCGAGAGGAAGACGCAGCUUCCACAUUAGUGACUGGCUCUGAGUAUGAGACGAUGUUGACUGAGAUCAUGUCCAUGGGCUACGAGCGGGAGCGGGUUGUGGCCGCAUUGAGGGCCAGCUACAACAACCCCCACAGAGCUGUGGAGUACUUGCUCACGGGAAUUCCCGGAAGCCCCGAACCAGAACAUGGUUCUGUCCAGGAGAGCCAGGUACCCGAACAGCCGGCCACAGAAGCAGGGGAAAACCCCCUGGAGUUCCUGCGGGACCAGCCCCAGUUCCAGAACAUGCGGCAAGUGAUUCAGCAGAACCCAGCGCUGCUCCCUGCACUACUCCAGCAACUGGGCCAGGAGAACCCUCAGCUCUUGCAGCAAAUUAGCCGUCACCAGGAGCAGUUCAUCCAGAUGUUGAAUGAGCCCCCUGGAGAGCUGGCGGACAUCUCUGAUGUAGAGGGGGAGGUUGGUGCCAUAGGUGAGGAGGCCCCACAGAUGAACUAUAUCCAGGUGACACCGCAGGAAAAGGAAGCUAUAGAAAGGAGCCCAGCCUGCUCAAAGUUGCUGGCAAAACCAGGAGGCGACAGAUGGGCCCCUUUUGGCCUCUGUCCCAGCUCCCUGCAGCCAGAUGGAGAGGCGCCUGCCUGCUUCCCCAUCCCCUGAAGCAUCCCUAAGGACAACCCACCUCCCUCCUCCAUGAUGAGGGGAAGCUGGAGCCCUAAACUUUAUCCUCCAUUGGAGUGGCCCAAAUCUUUCCAUCUGGAGUGAGUUCAUUAGAAGCCCAAGGCCUUCUUCCAGCCUGGCCUUCAGCCUGGAGAGGAGGUAACAUCAGUUCUGAAGGCCAAGGCCACCCCUACCCCAGGACAGAACCACAUCUCUGAUAAAGGUUUUGAAGUGAAUAAAGUUUUAAAAAUGA